CCCUCAGCCCGGGCUGCUCCUGCAGAAGCCACUCCUCCUCUCCCAGCUAUUUAAACCAGCACGGGAUGCCUGGGAUCUGAGCUUGUCCUGUGCCCGGCAUCGAGCUGCUGCUGCCCAAAGCCGGACAGACGGACCAGGAGAGGCCGAAGGAGCUGCUGUAGCAGGAAGGUUCCUGCAGGCAGGAGGAAUUUCUGCUCCGAUGGCCAAAGGUCUUCCCUUCACCAUCCGCGUGGUUACAGCCCUGCUGCUCCUGAGGGAAUCGAGCCAGGCAGGAGCUGGGAGGAAUGAUGAUGCUGUGAGUAAGGGCGUUGACUCAAGGGGACAAACUGAGGGGCUUCCCACCCUGACUGUCACCACGAUCCUGGAGGAUCCCUACGUGAUGGUGCGGGGGGCAGAGCUGGAGGGGUACUGCAUGGACCUGCUGGGGGCCCUGGCGGGGAUGCUGCGCUUCCAGUACCGAGUGAAGGUGGUGGGGGACGGGCAGUACGGGGCCGUGUCCGCCGGCGGGAACUGGACCGGGAUGAUCGGGGAGAUCCUCAGGAAGGAAGCCGACAUUGCAGUGGCCCCACUGACAGUCACCUCGGCCAGGGAAGAGGUGGUUUCCUUCACCACCCCCUUCCUGCAGACUGGCAUUGGAAUCCUGCUUCGGAAGGACACGGUCUCUCAGGAGAUGUCCUUCUUCCACUUCCUGUCUCCUUUCAGCAAGGAGACCUGGACAGGCCUUUUAUUUGCUUACCUGCUGACAUGCUGCUGCCUCUUUCUUGUCGCCAGACUGAGCCCCUGUGAAUGGAAUGAGCCAAAGAAUGAAGAGAACCACUUUACCUUCCUGAACAGCCUCUGGUUUGGAGCAGGAGCACUCGCCCUGCAAGGAGUGACCCCCCGGCCCCAGGCGCUCUCGGUGCGGGUCGUGGCCGUGGUGUGGUGGCUCUUCACCCUGGCCCUGCUCGCCGCCUACAUCGCCAACUUCACCGCCCUGCUGAGCUCGGGCAGCGAGCAGCUCCCCAUCCAGACCUUCGAGGACCUCGUGAAGCAAAGGAACCUGGAGUUUGGGACUCUGGAGGGCUCCUCUACCUUCUACUUCUUCAAGAACUCCAAGAACCCCAUCCACCAGAUGAUCUACGAGUACAUGGAGAAGAGGAGGGAGCACGUGCUGGUCAAGACCUACCAGGAGGCCGUUCAGCGCGUGAUGGACUCGAACUACGCCUUCAUCGGGGAGUCCAUCUCACAGGACCUGGCGGCCGCCCGGCACUGCAACCUCAUCCGGGCCCCCGAGGUCAUCGGGGCGCGGGGCUUCGGCAUCGCCACCACCCAGGCCUCCCCCUGGACCAAGCCCCUGUCCAUCGCCGUGCUCAAGCUGCGGGAGCUGGGGGACCUGGACUACCUGCGGAACAAGUGGUGGGAGAGCAGCUGCCUGCGGCAGAGCCGGGACCGCUGGAGCCCCCUGGAGCCGCCGGCGCUGGGGGGGCUCUUCCUGGCCCUGGGCGUGGGCCUCGCCCUCGGCGUCCUGGCGGCCCUGGCCGAGCUCUCCAACAGCAGCCGCCUCACGGCCGGGCAUGCCAAGAAAUCUUGUUGCUCUGUUUUCAUAGAAGAGAUCUGCACCCGUCUACGUAUAAAAGAAAAGGCCAGACCCAGCCAGGAGACAUCAGGAAAGGCAAAUGCUUAGGAGUGUUUUGCUGAAGGGAUGGGCCUGUGUUAGGGUUGUACCAUGUUCGUGUCCUAGGAGCUGUGUCAGUGUAGAAAGAUGUUUUUCUGCUAGUCUAGAGUAGUGGUUUUCUAAUUACACAGAGCACUUCUGGAGAGGUGGUGGAGCUGGACACAGAAGGAAAUCAAGUGGCUUGGAAGAAUUUUAAACUGAUAGGGGACAGAGUGGAACUGUGACAGACAAGGGAGUGAAGGGCCUGGUAGAACAGAGCUGAGCUGGCCAGUGGUGGAUCCAUGUCUAGGUUAGGAGUUUACCCUGUAAGUCCAUAAAUGCCUGUAGGAGUAAGUGACUGGGGACAGGUUAAUGGGAAGCCUCUGCUACUAAUUAGUGUGUGAGGUGCAAUCUGGGAACAUUAAAGCUCUUGUCCGACUGUUGUGAUCAGGAACAGCUUAAGCAAUUCAGCUAUAAAUAGCCUGUGUUCCCUCUCUGAGCAGGAGAUGCUGGUUGUUGGGAAGGUCAUUCCUAAAUCAGAACUGACAGUGCUGUUGUGGAACCCCAAACAGGCCUUCCCUACAUCCCAACCCCAGGAAGGGGAGCCCCUGCCACUAAGGAACCACUGGAGUUAAGGAAUUCCAGAUGUGGGCUUGUCCUUUGUCCCUUCCCAGCACAGGAUAAGGGGCACUGUCUGGUGACAAUGUUUUGUUCCAGUUAACCAAGUAUUGAGGAUGAGGGUUGACAGUGGAAAUCCAACAAGACCAGAGCAGGGAGUCCCCACCUGGGAACAGACAGGGAGAGCAAGGGGGGCUGGGAGUUCUAAGUGCUGGGAAAUCAGGGCUGGUCGUUAUCCCAGCCCACGACAGCUCCAGCUCAGACACAGCCUGAGCAACAUCUGUGGGGGAGAAGGUGGAUCAGUCCUUCCAUCAACUGAACUGCACAGAGCAGGAGAGAUUUAGGUAAGUUUAAAAGCUGAAAAUGCAAUGUCAGGUUCACUUAGCACUUAAAAUCUAUUUGGUGUGUGCCACGUCACUGCUGGCAGAGUAGGCAGAGAUGUAUAAAAAAGGUUUCAUUGACAUUUAAAUAUAUUUCUAUAUGAAUGUCUCACAGAACAAAAAAAUAAAGUCUUUUCAUCACAAAUACUGCAGCAUUAAAAUAAACACUUACCAAAAUAAACAAUGAGUGAUAUACAUA